AUGCCGCCGCCGGACAAGCCGGACUCGCCGGGCAAGCCGGCCGAGCCGGGCGAGGUCGGCGUCCUCUUUCAGGUGGCCGACCAGGAGGGGGUCGCCCAGCACGCGUUCAGAGUGAACAUACUUCGUGAGGAGCUCCAGAGCAAGCCGGUGCUAAAGCUGGUGCAGGAGGUGCUGAUCAACCGGAACCGGCAGCAGACUCAGACCGAUCUGGGCCUGCCGGACAUCCUCCAGGGCCUGCGCCUCCCCGACGCCCAGUUCCACCGACCCGACGUGGGAAAGCGGCUCACCGCGGGGGACACCCUACUCACGCCCGGAGAGACCCCCGACGCCACUGUAAUGCUGAUUGCCAUGGCCGGCGGCGGCGCCCGAGCGGACAUGGUCCUCGUGGUCGGCGACGCACGCGGCUACGUCGGGUCGCGCGCUUUGAACAUCCAUCGGUUGGGGGACCGAUCACUCGGCGACGCCGCAGCCGCGGUGUGCGAAUGCCCCCGAGAGGAGUGGGCGCGCGGCGUGAGCGCGAGCCUGGCGCUCGUCAACGACGACGUUGCCAUCACCGAGGUCUCCCACCAGCUCGUGGAGGCCAAAGCGCCCUGGUGCGGGAUCUCGAUUGACCUCGACCCCACGGUCCCGGCCGCCGAAGCCCUCCAAGGCGCGCGGAUACCGCCGCUCGUGCUCGUGCGCCGCGCGGACGACCAGCUCGCGCGGCGAGGCUUGAAGACGACGAUCGUCGACAUCGCGUGGGCGGGCGGCCGCAUCGAGGCCAUCGCCGUGCGCGAGUGGCCGGUGCCGCGGACGCCGCGCAUGUGGGCCGAGUGGGCGCUGCGGACCGUCUCCGCGCCCCUUGUGCUGCACGGCAUGAUGUCCCCGCAGCUCCGCGACGCCGUUGUCCAGCAAGCGAUAGAAAGCAUGGACAUGGACGACGUCGCCGUCGCCGUCGACGGCGCGCCGGCCGCUCAGAUGGUCCCAGGCGAUGAGCUCGAGGUGGCUCACCCGGAGCGCCUCGUCGUAGAGACUUCCGGCAACCUGUUCCAAGACCACCCAGAAAACGGGUCCUACCUCGCGGUGGCCGCGAUGGCGGCGGCGUGCAUGCGGCGCCUCGAGGCCGGCGAGGAGCUGUACGCCCCCAAAUCAACCUGGCGCGCGCUCGAGGUGCGCAGCCGCCUCUACAAGGCGCGCAAGGACGAUAUUAACGCGGGUCAAACUCUCGCGACCGCGCACACGUGUCUGGAAUUUCUGCACGCGCUGGGUCUGUUCGAGGCGGCGGGCCGGCUCGACCGCGCCGACGCGGCGCGCGCCAUCGACUGCGUCAUGGAAAUCGAAAGCUACUUCAGGGCGGCCAACGCGCCGAUCUUUACGUGUGUGCUGGGCGUCGACGGCGCUGCGCGGAAACAAGCCGAGAUUUUCGCGAGCCGGUUGGGGGUGGCCUCGUUCCUCACGCUCCGGCGGGUGCCGGAGCUGCAGAAAUUACAGGCGAGCAUCCAGGGCGACGGCGACGAAACGACCGUGGCCCGCAAGGCGCUGGAAGUCGUCGAGAACGUGCGGCGGCAGCUCGCGAUGCCCAAUCGGGAAUCGCGCACGCGCGGCCAGCCGCACGUCGCCGCGUUCUGUCUGAGCGUGUUGUGUCAGGCCGCCGCCACGCGGGGAAGACAGGCGGUCCUACUGGGCGAGCGGACAGAGAGGCGUGUUUCCUUGAACUUGCUUUUGGCCCUGCCCUUCGAUCUACUGGAGGCGCCGCUCGACGAGUCGUGCCUCGACCUCGAGCAGCGGUCGCGGCUGCGCGAGACCAUCUCCGAUCUGCUGCUGCUGUGGGACCUCGUGCGGCCGGACGAGGCCAAAGACUUUAGGCGGCAUUGCGAAGCUCUCGCGGACCGGGCGGAGUCCAAGGGCGAAAGCGACGCCUACGUGUCCGGCCAGAUGCUUCGCGACCUCGCGGCGAAGCUGCGGGGCGACCGGGCUUCGAAGCGGGCGGGGGCCCAGCGCAAACUCUUAUUGAGGAAGUACGAGCCCGGCGCCGUGUAUUCGAAUCUGAUCGUGCGGGACCCGCCGGCGGGCCUCCGCGCCCUGCUGGCGCGGUUCCGCGUCGCGCCGAGACUGCGCGACGCGCGGCCCUCGCCGCCCAAGGCGCCGAAGCCCGCCGCGCCGUCGACGUCGUGGAGCGACGACGAGGCGACGCCGACGACGCCGGCGACCGUCUACGGCACGCCCGCGUCGACGCCGCGCGGCGACGCCGCGCAGCCGAAGGAGAAGAAGCUCGGCGCCAAGGCCGCGAAGAAGAAGCGCCAGAAGGAGCGAAAGAAGGCCGCCGCGCUGCGGGCGGCGGCGGCGCGCGCGGCGGCGCCCGAGAUCCCCGAGCGAGGCGCGGCGCCGCCGGCCGACAGCGACGACGAGUCCUCGUCGUCGUCGUCGUCGUCGGACGGCGAGCGGUUCUUCGACGCGCGCUCGCCCGAGCCCGAGGUUGCUUCCAGGGAGCUGCCGCCGCCUCCGAUCGUCGAGGCGCCCGCGGAGGCGCCCGCGGAGGACGGCUGGGCCGCCGUACCCGCGAAGAAGAAGCGGGAGAAGCGGCCGGCGGCGAGCGCCGAGGCGCGGCGCAUUGGCGCCCUCGCGCGCGACGUCGAACUUGAUGCAGAGGAGACGGCGGCCCUCGCGGGCUUGGGCGCGGAGCGGCAGCGCCAGAUCCUGGCGCACAAGGACGCGCCGCGCCACGUCCUGCGCCGGCUGAUCAAGGAGCAGCUCGCGCAGCCGCCGCGCGACUACGACCUGGAGGAGGAGCUCGCCGCGGCGCUCGCGGCGCGCGGCGUGACCGGCGCGACCGUGGACCAGCUGCGGUGUUUGGAUGGAGCGACGCAGCGGGUCGUGGCGAAGCGGGUGCGGAAGAGCAACAGCAAGGUCGACAUCCCCUUCACCUACGUGUCCACGCUCGUGACGCACGAGCUCGAGAAGCAGAGACCCGCGCAGCCGCCGGCGCCGGCGCCGGCGCCCGCGGCGCGGCCCGCGCGGGCGCCGGCGCCGCCACCGCCCGAUCCGGCGCCGGAGCCCGCGGCCGCGUUCGCGCGACCGGCGCGGCCGUCCGAGGAGGCCGCCGAGCUGGAGCGGGCGCUCGCGGCGUCGCGCGCCUCGGCCGAGGCCGAGGCCGAGCGGGCCGCCGCGGAGCGGCGGCGCCUGGCCGCCGAGGCCGAGCGCGAGCGGCAGGCGGCCGAGGCGGCCGAGGCGCGGCGCCUCGAGGAGGAGACCGCCGCCGCCGCGGCGCGCCGAGCCGCGGAGGAGGCCCGCCUCGCGAACGACGCGGAGCUAGCGCGCGCGCUCCAGGCCAUCGAGGACGCGGAGACCGCCCCAAAACCGCCGGCGUCGCCGCCGUGGACGCCGGCGCGCCCGCCGCCCGUGCCCCGCGGCUGGGGCGCCGUCGACGCGCACCUCCCACCUCCCGCGCCGCCGUCGCCGCCGGUCCGGUCGCCGCCGCGGUCGCCGCCAGUCCGGUUGCCGCCGCGGUCGCCGCCGGUUGCGCCGCCUGCCACGCCGCCAUCACCGCCUGCCCCCGCGCCAGCGCCCGCGCCGCGCGGCUGGGGCGCCGUCGACUCGAAGCUGCCGUCGGCGGUCCUGCCGGCUACUUCUGCGCCACCGCCGUCGCCACCACCCGCACCGCGGUCGCCGCCGCCGUCACCUCCGCCGGCCGCGCCGGCCGCGCCACCAUCAGCGCCGACGUCGCCACCGGCGUCGCCAGUCGUGGCGCCGCCCGCCGCGCCGCCGCCGCCUACUCCGCCGCGCGGCUGGGGCGCCGUCGACGCGAAUUUGCCACCGGGCUCGCCGCCCCCACAAAGCUUGGCGCUGGGGCCGCUGCCGUCGGCGGCGCCGCCGCCGCCCAAGCGGCAGGGCUGGGGCGCCGUCGACGAGGGCAUCCCCCGCAACUUGAAGGACGUGAAGCCCCGCGCGAACUGCGCGCUCGAGGCCCUCGCGACGGCGCUGCGGUCCGCGAAGUCCUUCCGGCGCGCCUUCGAUAGUGCUGACGCGAAAGACGCCGCGCCGAAGGCUUUGCGUAGAGCUUUGGACGCGCUCCCGCCCCUAGACCAGAGCGGCAAUGCAUUGUUGAGAAGGACGACGAAGAAGCGCCAGUACGACCAGGCCAUCGACGAUUUACGAGCUGCGCUAGCCGAGAGGGAGGGAGGCGACCCGGACAUACGACAGGAGCUCGCGACGGGCGGCGCUCACUUGGAUGUGGCCGAGGUGCUCGGCGAAUUAGUCGAGGCGUUGACAGCGGACGCUUCCACCAAAAGCGCCGCCUCUACUCUUACAAGUGUAGGCCGCAUCACGCAGGCGCCCUGUUCCAAAUGCGGCAAAUCUAAUAGUGAUGCCGUCGACGAGCAAGUCUUAGAAUAUGCGCGUUCAGCCCCGGCCACGAAGCUCAAGCAGGCCCGCGUCGCCUACAAGCGAGGGGCCCAUCUAGCGCCCGUGUACUUACUUGCACACGCCCAUACUGCUAAAUCUUGUGACGCGUGCCACGCGCCGAAGGCUUGUGCUGUUUCGCAAACGUUAUCAAGGUGCGCUUCCACACUAAUCCUGGGCAUCACGUGGACCGGCAUCGAUCGUUCGCGGGGUGACGUCUUGAGCGUCAUGGACUUAGCUCUCAUGGGCGGCGUGCGCGACGCGGCGAAGUGCUUCGACGACAAGGCUAAAAAGGCCGGGAAGCGCGACCUCGUGGCCCUCAUCAUGUUCCGGGGCAACCACUACACGUCCUUCGUGCGGAAAGGCAGGGACUGGAACAAGGGCUGGGAGUGGCACGACCGCGGCUCCGUCCAUCAACUAGGCGGCUGGGAGGACGUGAAGGCCCGGGCGGAGCCGUCGGACGGCAAGGGGGCCAUGCUGCCGUAUCUUCUCGUGUACGACAUCUUCUAGCUAUCGUG